GCUGCGCGCGCAGAUGGUUAUGAUCUACCGUUCGGACGUCGGACGCCAUAUCACUGGUUGAUGGCAGAGUCCGACCACCAGCCCAUCAGGCCCGUCCGGCAGGUCGGACAAGAGGUCACCAUGUUUUCAAGUCAGUACGGUAUGGGAAGAAAUUACUCGGCGAGUAACCUGGCCGGCGCGGGCUACAGUUAUCCUGCUUACGGUGAUUUCGUCCAAGCAUUUGUUUUACGAACAUAUGGUCGUUGGUGGAAGAUUGCUCCGUCAUGUCCGUGCAAGCUAAAAUGCAAAACUCGUACUCCCACAGAUUUCAUAAGUCAGGAUUUUGCUGACAUAGCAUAUGAAGUUCCCGUCUACCCCAAAGUAAUCAACAUCUUAGAGACUUACAAUCCUGGUGCAGUUGUACGGAUACUGGCCUUGCAGACAGACACCAACAUGGUACAUACUAAAAGGAGAUGGGUGACACUAUGGUCAGGGCCCCCACAAUGCCCUCCUCCUGUUGCAAGAAUGUUCUCUCCUCAGAUCAGACGCUGUGACAAGCCAACCAGUCUUAUCCGACUGGAAUUCAACCAAGACCAUUUAGACUACUACACUGAGCUGGAUGCUGUUGAGUUAAUGGGAAAUCUUCCAGUGGCAAAUUAUGUUCCAUCUCCCCAGCCAGCUAACACAAUGUCACCUGCGACAUCAGCUGUAGUCAGCACUACCAAGCUGUUCAAGCAACUCUCCAUCAGUGACAAAUCACAGCAUGAUGACCCUAACAGACACCCAGCAGGGGACAAUGGCUUUUUUGAUAUUCUGCCAAGUGAAGUUUGCCAUUUUAUCUUUACAUAUCUUGAGUUGACAGAUUUGAUAAAAGCAGCUUGCACUUGCAAGUUAUUUUUUCUACACUGCUAUGAUCCAGUGUGGUUUAAAGAGUUGGAUUUACAACCCUAUUGGACUUUGUUGCAGAUAAGUGACACUGCACUUGCAGGGAUUCAGUCGAGAUGUACUGGAACAGAGAAGCUGAGCCUUGCAUGGGCAGGGCCCUAUGGUGCAGUAACUGCUGCUGGAUUUGAAAAUUUUCUUUUGUCUUCAUGUGGACAGCUGAUUUGUCUGCGCCUCAGUAGUUGUUCAUUUGUAACAAGUCAUGCAGUCUACACUAUAUCAAGGACAUGCCCUAGUCUUCAAGAGCUUGACAUCUCAUCGUGUAAGGCAAUAGGGGAAAAGGGAUUUCUUGAGCUUCAAAUGCUAAAGAAACUGGAAAGACUGAACUUGUAUCAAACUGCUAUAACAGACACCAUCCUUGUUUCUGCUUUAUGUUCCUGGCCGACCUUGAAGCAUCUAAAUCUUGGAGGGUGUGCAGAUAUCACUCAGUGUGAUGACAUCACACAGACACUAGCGCUACAUUGCAGAAGUCUUUUGUCACUGGAUCUUUGGCGGCAGAAGUCGCUGACCUCUGAUGGAGUCUUUAAUUUAGCAAAUGGGUGCACUCAGCUACAAGAGCUGGAGAUUGGGUGGUGCACUAAUGUGGUUUCCUCCAGUGGUUGCAUACAAGAACUCACAAGAAAAUGUCCGAAAUUGAAGAAGCUUUUCAUGGCUGCUAUUCGCUCUGUGAGUGAUGAUGAUGUCAACGAAAUUGCAGAAAACUGCAAGGAACUUGAGCAACUUGAUAUUCUUGGAACUGCAUUAGUUACUAUGGUAACAAUUAAAAGAGUGGUACAAAAUUGCUGCAAGCUUAAAUUUGCUGAUCUGUCCUUUUGUAAUAAACUGAGUAAUGAAUUUGUGAAGCAAUUGAGGCAGGAUCACCCCAACAUUGCAUUCAAGAAGAGUUUUGUUAGUUCCGAUGGCCAAUGAAUGAAAAAGUUAAAUACUUGGAAUAAGAAUCACACUUUUCUAGAAUUUUUUAAUUAAAAAAAAUUAUCUGUACAGUUCACAUCAUAUCCAUGCACCUCCUAUCACGGAUAAUAAAGAGAUUUUAUUGGCAUAAUUUCUUUGAUUGACCAAUCUAGUGAGAUGGCCCUUUAAAACAUUAAAAGCUGAAAAGUA